UUGCAUUUCGCAUUUAAAGGAUUUCAUCGUUAUUCAUCGAGUUCCAAUUAUAACCAAAGAAAUCAAUCUCAUAAACCAAAUAUUUGGCGGAAUGUUUGUCAAAAUGCCAAAAAAUUUCAUUCAAUACCUAUAAUUUUGCGAUCAACGAAUUUUGAUGAUUCUUUAAGAGAAUUGGCAUAUGAGGUAACAAAACAAGCACUGGAAACAUAUGUAAUAGAAAAUGAGGUAGCAAGUCAUAUCAAAAGGAGAUUUGAUGCCUAUGCCGGACCACCGUGGCAUUGCAUUGUUGGUCGAAAUUUUGGAUCACACGUUGAAUAUGAUUUGUAUAUACAUUUUUCUUACGAUAGAUUUGCUAUAAUUCUAUUUAAAUGCGGAUAG